CACGCCUCUUCCUAGGGGCUUCAUUCUGCUGAUAACUGUUAGUCAAUGAAAAUGGGACGUUUAUUGUUAAUAGAAUUCUGCAGCCUUGUGCUUCUCUCCGGCUCGUCAUUUUCUAAGGAACGGCCCCUUUAAGCCCGUGCUGUGUGGUGUGAGAGCCGAGAGCCGAGAGCCCCUGAAAUGGGGCCGGUCCCCACAGAGGUGCCGCGUCAACACGCACCGCUUCUCAAAGACACGGUACAAAAUAGAACACAGGAUACCGCACUCAUGCAUUGCCGCUGGUUGUGUGUUCAGAUUCAAGGACUUGGAUAUGUGGGAAUAGAUAAACUUAAUACAAUUAACUUCUCUUUUUCCUUUUAAAAUUUUUAAAUUACGUUUGUGUCUCCUGCUUGUGAAUUGCAUUAUGUUUCUAUUGGCGCCCUCUAAGGAUCACACUUAUUUUUUUAAAUAAAAUUAAGGUUUAAUUUCAUUGGGUCCCAGUUGUUAUUAGAAAUGUCACUAGACGUCUCGGGGAAAAGAACCGAGCGGCCCACUCCGCAGCUCCGGCGCCGAGACCGCAGACUGGGGCCCAGUGGCCUCGGAGGAUGCCGCCUCUGAAAACGCCUGACCUCCUCCUUCUUUUUCUUUUCAUGUCGCCCUGUCCGAACCGCGGUGAUUUCUCACAAAACAGCACGCACUUCUGGGGCCCGGUAGCCAACUGGGGUCUCCCCAUCGCCGCCAUCAAUGACAUGAAAAAGUCUCCGGAGAUUAUCAGUGGGCGGAUGAUGUUUGCCCUCUGCUGUUACUCUCUGACGUUCAUGAGAUUCGCCUACAAGGUGCAGCCUCGCAACUGGCUCCUGUUCGUGUGCCACGCCACCAACGAGGUGGCCCAGCUCAUCCAGGGCGGGCGGCUCAUCAAAUACAACAUGAAUAAGAAGGCAGCAGCGUGACCGGCAGGGAGGCGCUGCCCGCUGCUGGGCCUCCGGCUCAGUCACCAGGACGCCCUGCUGAGGAAGACCCGCUGAGUGCCGUUUUACUAACCCCACCAUUCCCACCCACAGCGAGAGCCCGAGCCCCUGACCCGCCCCGGCUGCCUCCCAAGUGCUGACUACUCUCCUCCUCCCCUAACCAGUCGUCACACGGGCAGUCAUCCGUGAUUCCCAGCCAUGCUUUCUCUGAGGCCGUGUUGUUAUCUGUUAGAGUUUACUGAGCGCGCAACGGAAGAGAACCAAGCCUGUGACUCUCAGACCUGAGUGCUCAGAACGCUUGCCUUGUUCUGUAACGACCAUGAGACAACCCCAGCUACACCCUUCAGGUCUCACCCCAGGGUCUGAAAAGUGUCCGUUUCCAUGCAGUGUGUAUUCUGAAAUGCUGUGACUUAACAGCAAUAAAUGACUUAAAUAUUUGUCAGUGAGAA